AUGACAGACUAUCUCAGGCGCAUUGUCUCCGGUGGAAAAGCUCGCUUCAAGGACGACGCACUCAACCUCGACCUCGAUCUCGUCUACGUCACAGACAACAUCAUCAUCAUGGGCUACCCAGCCUCCGGACUGGAAGGACUCUAUCGAAACCGACGCGAGGACGCCAAGAGGUUCUUAGACCAUCGACACCCGAAGAAAUACUGGGUCUUCAAUUUUUGCCCGUUGAAGGAGAAUUCGUAUGAUAAUGUGUUCUUUGAUGGGAGGGUUAGUAGGUAUCCCUUCCCAGAUCACCACGUUCCACCACUCGCCUACCUGCCUUUGGUCGCUCGAGAGAUGCGCGCUUGGUUGGACGGAGACCAGGAGCGUGUUGCUGUUCUUCACUGCAAAGCUGGCAAAGGCCGAUCAGGGACCAUGGCCUGCACCUACCUCCUCACCCUCGGUGAUCAGCCCUCAGCACCACAACUCGAAAGGAGUUAUACGCCUAAACAAUGGGCUAAACGACGCGCCGACAACACUAUUGGUGUUCUACCGGAAGAAGGCCGCCCUUCUUCAAGUUCGCUCAAACACACCCUACCAUCGCCCAAGGAACCUGACAUAUCGGAAUCAGAUACAGUGGGCAUCAUCGAUUCCGUUGGCGAACCAGCAGCACAUCCUUCCACCACCCCACCACCCUCCAACCCCAAAAACUCAUUCACGCACACGCUCAAGGGCGUGCUGGACCUACACACCGCGCGCCGUAUGAAAUCCCCUCCUCCAACAUCCGAGCUGGAGAAGAAGAAGAAAGUGAAACAGGGCGUCAGCAUACCCAGCCAGCGACGCUGGUUAUAUUACUGGGCCCUCCUUCUCGCGGGUGAAGCGCCAAAGGACGUCUGGCCUAUCAAUUCUACCAAACGUUUGGACCCGGACUCGGACCCGGACUCAGAGAAACCAAGGCCUAGGGUACGGUUAACCCAGAUCAAUGUCCGGAUGCGCGAAACGUCGAGUGUGAAGCUUGGUUUGGUCAAAGGGGCCAGCUUGAUCAUUGGUCGAGCGGGAUUGGGGAAGGCUCCUGGGCCUACGCAGGAGACGACUACGAUCACGCAGGUGUGGGCUUCGUUGGCGAGGUAUGACGAUUCCCUUGUAGGACUUUUGGAAAAGUGGGAAGUGUGGACGAGGAGUGAGAGUGGUGGGUUGGGAGAUCGUCGAAGGCCUGGGUCGGAACGUAUGCCUAAAGAUGGGGACAACGCGGACGUGGAUGAUGUUGAGAAGGUGUUUGAGGGUGGGAGGUGGGAUAGGGAGAAGAUGGUUCGUAGUUUUGCGAGGUUUGGGGAGGACAAACUCAAAGCAAAAGCAAAGGAUAAGGAUAAAGACAAAGACAAAGACGACACACUAAUCACGUACACCCUCACCAAGCUCACCGAAGAACGAUGGGAAGGCGUCAAAGCCGAGCUGCAGCACGAGAGUGGUGGUGACUCGGACCCGAAAGAUAUCAUCGAGAUGGAACGGAUAAGUAUCUCGCGCUCGGAUAUUGUUUCGACGCAUGAGCAUUACCCGACAAUCUCAGGCUCGGGAUCGGGGGCGGUCACUCCGAAUGAGGGAGUGGUGUUGGAUGCGGCGAGGGAGGUGAGGGUGAAGCUUCACAUGGGACAGGUAUUCAUGGGCUGGCUAUGGUUCAUACCGACUUUCCACAUGCCUCCCCCUCCUCCUUCCCCAGAAACAUCAUCCCCUCCGAGCAAGACAAAGUUUGUGUUGACGCGGAAAGAGCUCGAUUUCCCUGUUGGGUUGGGGAGUGGGAUUGUGGAUGUUGAGAUUGAGAUGGAGUGGAUACCCGGGCCACCAUCGUCUUCUGAGUCAAUCGCUGUGGACGUGGAGCCGCCAACGCCACUUUCGGAGAGGGGGUUGGAUGCUGUUCAGGCCGUUUUGGGGGGCGAGGGAGUGAGAGAGGCUGUUGAUGUUCGGCAAGGUUUGGAGGAUUAA